UGUCUGAAGUUUAGCCUUUAUUAGAUAGUUUCUAAGGUAGAGUCAAGUUAGCUACAUGUCCUGCUUCUCACCGUCACUUUCUGGCGUUGCCAGCAAAUGUCAGUUUUUCUAAAAUAAUGUCUGUAUUCCAUUGUUUUCACGGUGUCACCACACAGUUAGCAAGUGAAACUAACUUGGAUAGAAAGGGAAGAUGAGUUAGCCGGUGGAAGCUAACUGAGGUAGCGAGCUGCUCUGGCCGGUCAGUUCUUCGUUGGCUGCUUCGUCUCGUCAGCGUUUGUUUACAGGAGAUGAAAACCAGAGGGUAGCAGCGACUCGGGGGGAGUUUCCUGUCUCACCGCAGGAAUGCCGGGCGGAGAGUACGGGGAGCUCGGGGGCAGUCUCCCUGCCAUCGCCUCCCUGAACGCCUCCUACUCUACAUCAAUGUCCAUCCCGUCCCAGUACCUGUUCUUACCACCUGCUGAGCGCAAGGUCAUCUCUGACGUUCGCCGCACCUUCUGUCUCUUUGUGACGUUUGACCUGCUUUUCAUAUCGCUUCUCUGGAUUAUUGAGUUGAACAUCUCCAACAACAUCUGGGUCAAUUUAGAAAAUGAAGUUGUCCGUUAUCAUUUCGAGUCUUCCUUCUUCGACAUCUUUCUUCUCGCUAUGUUUCGUUUCCUGUCUCUACAAGUGGGUUACGCUGCAUUUCGGUUAAAGCACUGGUGGGUAAUUGCGAUUACCACUUUGGUGACCAGCGUCUUUCUUGUUGUAAAGGUCAUCGUAUCUAAUCUGCUGUCCCAGAAUGCCUUUGGCUACGUUUUGCCCAUAACCUCUUUUGUGGUGGCCUGGCUGGAGACCUGGUUUCUUGACUUCAAAGUGCUCACACAGGAGGCUGAGGACGAAAGAGCCUACCUAGCAGCGGUGAAUGCGGCCUGUGAACGGGCUCCCAUGAUCUACCCCCGUGCUGUUUCAGAUGGACAGUUCUACUCCCCACCUGAAUCAGUCGCAGGCUCUGAAGAGGAUCUGGAUGAGGAGGGUCUUGGGCGUAGAGCCGUUACCGCUCAGGAGAAGGAGUACGUCAGACAGGGUCGGGAGGCCUUGUCUGUGGUCGAACAGAUCCUAGCCCAGGAGGAUGGCUGGAAAUUUGAAAAGAACAAUGACAUGGGAGACUCUGUCUACACCCUGGAGAUUCCCUUCCAUGGAAAGACUUUCAUUCUUAAGGCUUUCAUGCAGUGUCCUGCUGAGCUGGUGUAUCAGGAGGUGAUUCUGCAGCCGGAGAAGAUGGUCCAGUGGAACAAAACGGUUUCAGCCUGCCAGAUCCUCCAGAGGAUUGACGACAACACACUUGUAUCGUAUGACGUCUCUGCUGGAGCAGCGGGGGGAGUUGUGUCUGCCAGGGACUUUGUUAACGUUCGACGGGUGGAACGCAAACGAGACUGCUACCUGUCUGCGGGUAUGGCAACUGACCACGACACCAAGCCUCCAUGCGGUCGCUUCGUCAGGGGCGAGAACGGUCCUGGAGGAUUUGUAGUCCUCAAAUCCAGCAGUAACCCGUCUGUCUGCACCUUCAUCUGGGUCCUCAACACAGACUUGAAGGGUCGUCUGCCCCGCUACCUCAUUCACCAGAGUUUAGCUGCCACCAUGUUUGAAUUUAUGUCCCAUUUACGCCAACGUAUCGCUGACCUGCGGCCCUCUCUCCGCUCCCACCACCACAUGUAAAACAGGAGAGACACCAAACUGUGCCACAGCUGGUUGGGAGGUAUUACUACUGGGCUUUUUUAUAUGUAUAUUAAAAUCAGCGGGACACAAGAAAAUGGGCAUAGCAGUUCUCUUGUGAUGCAUUUGAGCCGAAGGGAUGUGCCAUAGUAACGGAAGAGACUGCAGCUGGAAGCAUAGGAGAUGUGAGACAUGUGACGACGCAUUCACCACAUUUCAGUCACAUGAGAAAAGGAGUAAUUCGGUUUUCAAAGACAAUGUUCUUCUUACUGAAGCUCAACAAUGUUGGUUUUUUUCUCGUGUGAUCACAUACAUAUUUUUGAGAGGACCUGAUGUUAUUUUGCCUCUCGCCGUACAAGGAGAGCUGUUUUCUGAAAACAUCACUCACACAAGAAGACCCAGAUGAAGAUGGGGUUGAUUCUCACUGUGUGGGCAUCCGUGUGACGUGUUUUAAAAUGACUGAUGUAAUGGUGUGACUGAGCCUUAUCUUACUGCGCACGCUGUUAGCCAAUUCUUUGCUGCUUUUUUUUUUUGUGUUUUCUCAGCAAUGUUUAAAAUGUUUCUCUGGUGCGCCGGUCCUAAAACAAACACACGCUUCAGUCACACCUUCAAGAAACAUGUCAUCUGAAGAGGUAAAAGCUGUUUUCCAUUUAACUAUGUGAUAGAUGUUAAAAGGAGCACCACUAGAGGAAGACGCCACUUGCCCACCCAGUGAAAGCCUCUGAAGCCGUUUUCAGAUUUGAAAUUUGAGUCGGGUCAUUUUCCAGAGUUUUCCUUUCACAUAUGAAGAAUGCAGCAGGACUUUGUCCAUAUCAGACGCUUCCUCAAAGACAGAAAACUCUUUGGAGCGUUCAGGCGAGGGGUGGCAUCUGGGAAGAGCAUGCUGCUGGCAGGACAUGAUGUGUAUAGUCUGCUGUGGAAAUUACAUGUUUUUGUUUACAGCACAUUGACACCAUAUGACUAACAGCUCUCAAAUCUUGUUAUUAUUGCAAGUUGACAUUUUUUUCUCUGUGUAUAUGGCACUUCCUUUUCAUUCUGACUAUUUGUGUUUCAGUUUUGCAUUCGUCACAUGUUAAAACAUCUUCAGCACGCCGUAUCGCUCAACAUGUAUCAUCACAUGGGCUCACUCUGGCAUUGUCUGCUACAACUGACUCAGACAUUUGCCUUCUCACAUUCAGCCCCUCCAGUAAAUUUCAGGAAAAUGUCUGAAAGCAGCUUCAGUUUGACGGCUACCUUUCUUCAAGUGCAAAGACUUAUCAGAUCAACUAAUAUUUAAACAACUACUACUGAGGGUUUUAUCAAUAUUUCCUUUGUGUCGCAUUUUGAUAUCUGCCAGGAGAUCCAACCAGGAGGUUGUUAGUAUGUGAAGCAAAUGCAUUAUCAAGCUCGACUAAUACAAGAUGAUGAUUAUAAUGCUCACACAUCAUGAUGCUGUACACGCUUCAGAACUGUACUUUUGUCCCAUUAACCUCAAGUGGCCUUGUGGUAAAAAAGCUGAGUUCAUUCAUGUCAUCAAAAGUUCUGAAUGUGCUGACUUUAGUACUGGUUUCCCCUCAGGCCCUCAAAAGGGAGGAUUGAAGUUUUUCUAUCACGUCUUAUUUUGAUUAUUGUGUUUUAGCUUUGCUUCAAAAAUCUGCACCUCAGUGUUAUAAUGUACCUCAGAAAAAUCUUUUUAAUAAUUUCACAAAACCUGGCCAUAGGUCCAAAUUACUGCAGCGUUGAACCAGACAGAACACUACUUUUUGUUCACACUUUGAAGGAGCAUAUCUUAUGGGUGUUAACUAACUGAUGACCACAGCACGCUCACUUUUAACUCAGAAGUGUCCACCAUCUGAAAGGAUUACUUGUCCAAAACACGUGGUUAUUGAAAUCAGUUUUAGCUAUUUAUCAUACGGAAGGAAUAUUAAAUGAAAUGCUUUAAUGAUAUCAACGUUCUGGUGCCUUUUUAUCACUCUCAAUUCAUGUCUGUCUUUUUCUUUUGCUUUACUCUGUCAUGUUGAUGUAUGCCAUAUUCACAUGAAACAUGCUUAGAGUACUUAAGUUUAAGUGAAGUGUUUUCCUUUUUAAUAGUUUUUGAAUGUAAUUUAUCAUAGAUCAUUCAUCAAACAUGUUAAUUUAAACCCAUCACAACUGACCAACAGUUUUUAUUGAGUCUUAACCAGUGUCUUAUGUUUAAUAAAAUAUACAAAGUCAUGA